AUGGUUACUGCGAAAAUGCGUCGGGAGAGCUUCAUCGAGUAUGAAGAAGCAGUUGCCGAAUCUAGAGUCCUCAUUAUCAUGACUGGGGGUACUAUAUGCAUGCGUAGAAGCCCGGACGGCUACAUACCCGCGGAAGGUUUCCUAGACUCAUGCUUGGCCAUCCGGCCAUCAUUUAAUGAUAAUUCUCCGAUGAAGGAGUUAGUCGCUCGAACAGAUACAGGCGAAGAAAAGGUCUUAAAAUCUUUGAGGACCCCGUUGACAAGCUACCGUAAAAAAAUCAGAUACUGCGUGCUUGAAUUCAAUCCAUUGUUAGAUAGCAGCAGUAUAAAUGCCAAAGGCUGGAAGAAGAUUGCAUUUACUAUAUAUAACAACUAUAAGGAGUUCGACGCAUUCAUCGUCCUCCACGGCACCGACUCUCUGGCCUACACAAGCUCGGCACUGAGCUUUAUGUUGCAGAAUCUCGGCAAGCCGGUCAUCUUAACUGGAUCCCAGACACCUAUGACAGAGCUCCAAAACGAUGCCACAGACAAUCUACUUGGCUCUCUUCUCAUUGCAGGCCAUUUCAUGAUACCCGAAGUCUGUCUCUUCUUCAACCAUGAAUUGUAUCGUGGGAAUCGUGCCACGAAAGUCAAUGCUACAGCAUUUGCCGCCUUUCAAUCCCCAAAUUUUCCACCUCUUGCAACUGUUGGGAUUAAUACAACAGCCCGAUGGGACCUCAUAACUCGUCCCAAUGUAAUCGAGAAAUUCCGAGUCGAAGAGAAUCUCGAUGCACAGGUUGCAUGCUUACGGAUAUUCCCAGGAAUUCUACCGGAAAUGGUAGAAGGCGUGCUGAAUCUGAAGAACCUGAAGGGACUGGUCUUGGAAACCUUCGGUGCAGGGAAUCUGCCCGAAGAUGAAAGAUUGUUACAAGUCCUAGGCGAGGCAUGCAGACGAGGAAUUAUCAUCGUCAAUGUUACACAGUGCCUAACUGGCACUGUCAGUCCAUUAUAUGCCCCAGGGACGGCAUUAGGUCGAGCAGGCGUCGUAUUCGGACACGAUCUAACAUCCGAAGCCGCCCUAACAAAGCUCAUAUGGCUUUUGGGUAAAAACCUCACGGACACCCAAAUCCGUUUCCAGAUGUCACACUCCCUCCGUGGCGAACUCACCGAACAAUCCCAAACACUCUUCGAACAUCCUGGCUUAACUCCAAAAAUGGAAUCUAUCUCUCGUCUGGGAUACGCAAUUCGAGACGGCGACCUGGACGAAAUCGAGAGGGUAUUGGUCGCCCAGGAAGGAUGGUUACUCAACGAGGUUGACUAUGCAGGGAGAACACCGUUGGUAAGCGACGUCCAGUUUUCCCUAGAAUCUUCACCGUGUGAUUCUACUUCUGUGUCGAUGGCAUCGUCGAGGGACUGCAGUUGUGACCGUGCUUCAGUAUCUGCAACUUGUGAUCGAAAGUGCGUAGAUAUGGUUGUGCCCUUCAGCAAUAGAGAGGAUGUUCACCAUGCCGCAAUCCAAUCGAACAGUCAAGUGCUACGACACCUCCUCUCACGCGGCGCCUCAGUCCACAUCCGCAACCGCGAAAACCACACCCCACUAUACCUGGCCGCGGACGCGGGGUACCCCGAGAAUGUAAAACUCCUACGUGAGGCUGGUGCACAUUUACAUCCGGAUGAAGUAGAGCUUGCAGAAAUGCUUAAACGGAAAGCUAUCAGGAGCUCGACAUCUAGUAUGUCCAGCUCCCCGGUUGGGGAUAGUUCUGCGAAUAGUAUUAAUAUUGCGACUCCGGCUUCUACGGACAACAGUAGUGUGGCAGCGGCGACCGCGGCCGCGGUUACGUUGAUGGUGCCAGAUGGGCAUCAGAAACAUGCAGGAGGCGGUGGAGCGGGUGGAUCUACGAUUCACAAUGCAUCGCUUGGGAACGGGAUUGAUAAUGAGGCAGUAGAAUGUUGGAGUUUGGCGGGUGUGUGA